AUGCUACAUUUGUCUUUGGUUUCUCGCAGUGUCCAGUCUUUAGAUGAAUAUAGGGCCCCACGAGCGCCUUUACGGCGACAAGUGUCUUUGGAUGAAGAGAGAAGAGAUGACUGCCAGGGUCACUGGCGAGGACCCUACCUGGAGGGAGCUGAGGAAGAGAAGGGGGUCCGCUUGUUCAGAGCGAUGCUGUUACAACAUCUCAGACUUGAGGAUCUGAGACCUCCUCCUUGUAUGGUCACAGCCGCCAACCCUGAUGAAAGAGGCUGGUGGAUGUACUGGAGAGACUGGCGCUCCCUUGAGCGGGCUGUUCUUAGGUUUAGGGAGACCAAGGCGAAGGCUCAGCUCGCGGCAAGAGCUGAACACAUACCGCUGUUGAGUCUAGACGAGGUCCAAUUUGAAGAUAUUAUGCAGGAACUCUGUCAGGCAUGUGUCCACAUAGAACAAAGAGCAUUACUAGUGAUGGCCUUCCUCUGUGAGGUGGUGGGUCGAGCUGUAAGAGUGGGGGGCUGGUGUCGGGCUGCUGACUGGGCUGCCAAGCACGUAGCUCAGUGUGCUACACCCUGGGCUGUUAAACAUGGUGGCUGGAGCGCGGUCAUAGAACGUGCGGGAGGGCCUCGCCGUGAUGAUGCUCUACUUGCUGGUGCAGCCAUAGCUGCUCUACUUGCGUUUCUCUUGUUCUGUCGCUCACGGUUACGACAAGCCUUACUCUGA